CCACAAGGGACACCUGCAGUCACUGUGGACUGGUGGUACUAAAAGUGAAAGGGGAAAAUAAAUCACACCUUGUUUUAUUUUCAGUGAUACUCGACAGGGAUUUCCUUCACUGUCUGAAGGAUUGGUAUCUUGAAACUGCACUUGUGACUGUGACUGUUUUGUGCAAUGCAGCUGUUGGCAAACAAAUACAGAGGUAACCAGCCAAAGAAGUUAUGAAUAUCAUCUGUGGUCUAAAGCUGCCGGGCAGGAACUGUGUUUUCUCUCAUUUGGCGUCUUUGAGCAAGCAGGGGAAGUGCAAUAACCUCUCUAGGUCUUACACAGGAUGGUGCCGAACUCACAUCAACAGAUUCAGAUGCCAAAGGCUGGAUUUGAGUGGAAAUACUAGAAACUGUUUUUUGACUGGAAACCCUGUCUGCCACAGAAACUUCAUCAGUAAAGGACUGAAGUGUGUUUUGAAUGUCCCAAAUACAGGAGUAUACAGGAAUGCACACCACAGUUCAGGAAGGUUUUGCGUCCAGUCUUCUCGGCCACAGGGGGAGAAGACCACAUCCCUCCAGAUCUGUUCCGUAGGGGAACUCCCACAUCACUGUUCUGCUUGGAACGUUCACAUCAUCAGGUCUCUUCGCACAUCACCAUCAUUUCAGGCUGCGCCAGUUCCUCUUUUCUGGAUCAUUGUUAAGCCAGCUCAGAAAUUACUUGCCAUCAUUCUUGGCAGGAGCAUAAGAAAUUGGUGGAAGGCACUUCCUCCUAAUAAACGGGAACUGUUUAAAGAAAGUGCAAGAAAAAAUAAAUGGAAGAUCCUCCUGGGUGUCAGUAGCUUAGGACUUGUAUUUAUCAUGUUUUAUUUUACUCACUUGGAGGAGACACCCAUCACUGGGCGUGCUCGACUGCUGGUGUUUGGGAAGGAGCAUUUUAGGGAACUGUCACAGAUGGAAUAUGAAAUGUGGAUGGAGGAGUUCAAAAAUCAAAUGUUGCCUGAGACAGAUGCAAGAUACCAGGUUGUGGAGAGAGUUGUUGGGCAUUUGUCUGAAAGCAAUAAGGACAUCCCAGAGGUCUCAGCACUCAAGUGGGUGAUUCACGUGGUGGAUGAACCAGGUGUAAAUGCUUUUGUGCUUCCAAAUGGUCAAGUGUUUGUUUUCACUGGAUUGCUCGAUGCAGUUUCAGAUAUUCAUCAGCUGUCAUUUAUUUUGGGACAUGAAAUAGCUCAUGCUGUGCUGGAACAUGCAGCAGAGAAAGCCAGCCUGGUGCACAUCCUGGAUUUUCUCUCCCUCAUCUUUCUCACCAUGAUUUGGGCCAUCUGUCCUCGGGAUAGUUUGGCAGUUGUUGGCCAGUGGAUUCAGAGCAAGUUGCAGGAGUUCAUGUUUGACAGACCCUACAGCAGAACACUGGAGGCUGAGGCUGAUAAAGUGGGACUUCAGUUUGCAGCAAAGGCCUGUGUGGAUGUCAGAGCCAGCAGCGUGUUCUGGCAGCAGAUGGAACUGGCAGAAACCAUCCAAGGGCAGCCCAAGAUCCCGGAGUGGCUUUCCACACACCCUUCCCAUGAGAACAGAGCGGAGCAUUUGGACCGCCUGAUCCCACAGGCUCUUAAAAUAAGAGAGAGCUGCAAUUGCCCAUCUCUUUCUGGACCAGAUCCUCGCCUUAUUUUCAAACUUAACAUGCAACAUCUCCUGGAAUCGUCUAAAGAUCGAGAAGCCCCAAAUUCUACAAAGCAAGAUCCCUCAAAGCCAAAACCAGACUUUGCUCACACUCAAAAAGUGGAAGAUAUGCCUGUAACUUUUGCAGUUAAACCUACAAACUAAUGACAAUGAUUUUCCCUUUUUAUGGAACUGGUGGUCCCUGAAGGUCUGUCUCAUAACAUAAAUUUGUCUUUGAACCAUAAAGGAGAUGUAGCCACUCAGAUUCUCCAUUCUUUUUAUGUGAUUCCCUCACUCAAAGCAAUAAGGAACCAUGCCCACACAAGAAGAGCAGUGUGUUGGAGCAGAAAGUUUCUUAUUCAUUAAGAGUUACUAAAAUAAAUCACUUCUCAGGGGAAAGAUAAUCUCAUACAAUCCAGUGACACAGUGUAAUUUUCAGCUUUAUCAGGCUCACCUUGAUCAGAGGACAGAUGAGCCAGAAGCGUCCCUAAAGCAGAGGAAAAAGUACAAUUUUCAUCACUUAAGUUGUCUGGUUUAUCUUGCCAUAAUUUGGGUUAGAUCUACUCAGCUUCAUUUGAGAAAUAAUGAGGAGAGCUCACUGCCUGCUCCACAUACAGGCUGUUUAAAAAUAUUAAGCUGAGAAGUGAUAAUAGCUGUGGGCUAGAUACACCCCCACUUAAUUAGGUGGAUUUACUGCUGGGAUUUUUCUUCUUUCUGAGGCAUUUUAGAAUGUGGAUUGAUUCAACAUUUUUCUUCAAAGUAACCUGAAAGGAUUGCAUGAAGUUCAGUUUAAAAAAAAGGAGUUAAAUAAUUUUCAGGGGAGUCUUUCUUUUGAAAGAAGCACUGAAAGAACCACAGUUUGUAGCACUAGGAUGCUUUGCAAGGAUGGCUGUUGUCUUUUUUUAAAUGAUCAGGGUGCCUCAUCAAAGAGCAGAUUUGCUGCAACAACAUUUAAUUUGGAUAUAUCCAUUUGGAUAGAAACAAUUGCUGAUGUGGAAUAUAUUAUGUAGUAAGACAAAUAUAAGAUUUUUUGACUGCACAGCUUUUGCAGCUGUAUCUUGUAAAAGGUGACUUCUCUUCAGGAAGCUGGCAUCUAAUGCUGAGCAUCCCUCCCUCCCCAGUCCCCCUGAAGCCACACUUUUUAUGCCCUGGAGGCCAAUAUGCAGUGUAGGUAAAGCUCUGCCUUUCAGGAUGGACCACUGUGACCCAGCGUGGCCAUCUCUGUUUGAGUUGUUUGAGCUGUCCUUGCUUUGCAGUUGGUGAAAAUACUAAAAUGUCCAUCUUGCAGGAAGGUGUAGAAAGAGGUGGCAGUGAAUGAAAAUAAAAAAGGGAAAUCCUGUUCCUCCAGUUCUUAAGAUCUGUUAUUUACUUGGAUAGAAACUUGUUACUUACUUGGAUCAAAACAAAAAUCUCAUUCAUAUACGAUAGGGUCUUACAUGAAGGAAACAUUAAAAAUAUUUUCCGGUAUAUCCUAUUUCAAAACAUUCUUUUUCUGUUUGGAGAAGGGAAGACUUUAUCAUAUUUCUUCAAUUAAAUCAGAAUGCAAGCUUUUAAAAAGGAACACCCCCCCCCCCCGUUCAGUGCUAUCAGUGAAUAUAGUUGGGAGAACAGAUUGUGAAAGAAGUAAUUCUUUCUCUGACUUCAGUCCAUGAAGCUGGGUCCUCUGAGAAACACCAGCAACUCCCUUAUCUCUAUUCAGAGGUAAGUUGAUGUCUCUGUAAUGUUGAUGAUUCUAGGGCUGAUUGUAUAGGUUUAGAUUGGCUGCAUAUUGCUUACAAGCUGGUUUUAAAUUUCUGCUCAGCACUGCUGGCAGGAGGCAGAAGGUCCAGCCUGACCAUUAUUCAUCCAUCCGUUCUUAUUCUUCAUGACAGGACUUUUUGUAGCAGACGUUCAGUGAUGUGUUGCAGCAUUUGGACAUUGUCACCUGAAGGUAAACAGAAAAAUACACCAUUUAGAUUUCCCUGUGGACCUCAGAGUUUAUCCUGCAGCACCAAAACCCCAACGCUGCUGCCUCUCUCUCGCUCCAGUGUCAGAGCUUGUUUUGUUAUCCAGGGUUCCUGCUUGACAUGCAACUGGAUGCUUGUGUCUGUUAGGAAUGAGGAGAACAUACUAGAGUUUUACAGCUUUCAAGAUGAAGUAUGAAACUACACAAAUUUAAUAUUUCUCCUCUCUGCUUUAAGUGACUGAAGUACAGCAGUGGAAUGCUCGAGAUACAGAGAGAUUUUAAAAACUUUGGAAGGAGAUAGUUUUGUAACCAUGAUCAUGGUGAUGUGAGAGAAAAGGUUCCAAGGGAAGGGUAAUUGCUUAUACUAGACUGACAAAAGGAUUAUGUACUUUUUCGAAUUAUAGUGGUCUAAUAAAACAUAUUUCUCUCUUUACAAACACACACACGAGUUAGGCCUCUAAACUAGAACCCUCUAGUUUUAAAUACAGUUUAAAUGGUUUUAAAUGUAUAAUUUUAAAUCCAGUAUGUGAAGUUGAAAAUUUCAGGUUUUGCUUUACAUUCUGAAUUUUCCUUAAUACUUUUCUCAAGUGCUUUUGAAGGGUUUAUUCUUCCUGCUUCUCUCAUGUCCAACACAGAAAAUGCCUUAAAUUCAUCUGCCUCUUGGAGGACACUUUGUUUAAAAUUCUUACUGAAUAUUUUAUUGCAUCUGCCUAUAUUGCUAAAGUAUUUUCUUUCUUGAACAGAGAAAUUACAAAAAUAUUGCUUUCCAAAGGUUUGGGAAGUCAUAGUAAAAAUUGCACUUUUAAGUGAUCAUUUUCUGUGUGCAUAUGUAAUUAUGUAAUAUGUUAAUAUAUAAGCUAUAAUCUAUUAUCAGAUUAUUAAUCAUAAAAAUUAUACUUUCAAAAUAUAUCCCUUAGGAAAAUGCUCUGGUUGCAAGCUUCUGAUGAUCUGUAGAAACUUUUAAUUAUGACUGUGUAACUUAGGAUGUCACUGGAAAAGUAGAUCUGGAAAAGUAGAUCUAGAAGUGUUGUUGAAGGAACUCAGUACUUGAAAGUCACAUGUCAUAGAAGAGGGAGAAUAGUGGCUAAAGUG